AUGGCGGCCAACUUCGUCUCUCGCUUUACCGGCUCCAACAAUGCUUCGGCCUCCAUCUACGAGACCCUCAGACAGCACGACGAAGAUUCAGAUGCUUCUGACGUCGAGGAGAGAGCUGGCCUCGUCUCACAACCUCCACCUUUCCGACGAGCCUACCACGACCUCGACCCAAAUGAUCGGACCUCCAACCCAAGUCGAGUAGCUUCUCGUCAGGCUGACAUCCACGCCCCCCUUCACGGUCAAGGUCAGAUCCCUCGAAAGGACAAGGGCAGGAGUAUGAAUAAGUCAAAGUGGAACCACAAACCUCACAAGCUGCUUGAUGUGGAAGAGGCGGAUGACGAUGUACCAGCAUCUUUGCUGAUCGACCACAAUGCUGACCAUGGCUCGAUAUCGUUACCUCCUCCCCCAAGUGAGAUGCCGGACGGCCUGAGCCCUCAUCGAGAACCAGUGCCUUCCAUACCUGGUCAAAACUUCCAUUCACGAAACCGUCCACGGCCUCGUCGGAAUGCUCCAAAUCCUGCACGAACUGACCAGGUCCUUUGGGGAAACCUGGCCAGCGCAGAUCCCAAGGAGAAAGCCAUGUUUCGAUGGGCUAAUGUCACCGAUCUGGACAAUUUCCUGCUUGAAGUCUACACCUACUACCUGUGCCAUGGCUUCUGGUCCAUCUUACUUGUGCGACUCUUCAACCUCAUCACCGUCGCUUUCGUGGUUGGCUUCUCUCUGUUCCUCACCCAGUGCAUCGACUAUCGACAAAUUAGGGGCAGCACAAAGAUGUCAGAAAUUCUCGUCUCUCGAUGUGUCAGGAGGAUGGGAUUCAUUCCAAAUGCUCUGCUCUGGCUUACCACCUUCAUUUGGCUGUGGAGGUCUGCAGUGUACAUCUUCGAUAUUCCUCGUUUGAGGCAGAUGCACGACUUCUACCACUACCUUCUCGGAAUUCCAGAAGAAGAGAUCCAGUCCAUAUCGUGGCAAGAGAUCGUCAGUCGCUUGAUGGCGUUGCGGGAUUCAAACCCAACCAUCACCUCACGAUCCAAGAAGUCUGGUGCAUAUAUCAGGUCGCAGAAUAAACAGCGGAUGGACGCACAUGACAUUGCCAAUCGACUCAUGCGAAGACAGAAUUACAUGAUCGCCAUGAUCAACAAGGACAUCCUCGAUUUCACUUUGCCAAUUCCCUUUUUUCGCAACCGAAAGCUCUUUACGCGGACGCUGGAAUGGAACAUUGAACUGUGCAUCAUGGAUUUUGUAUUCGACCGCAAGGGACAAGUCCGGACUCUCUUCUUGAAAGAUACCUAUCGAAAGGAUUUGUCCGAGGCGCUUCGAAAACGCUUCAUCUACGCUGGCAUUGCGAGUCUUAUCUUUGCUCCUUUCCUGGCCGGUUAUUUUGUAUUCAAGCACUUCUUCCAGAAUUUUAAUGAAUAUCAGAAGAACCCGGCACAGAUUGGCUCAAGGGAAUACAGUCGAUUUGCUGAGUGGAAAUUCCGAGAAUUCAAUGAACUCUUUCACCUGUUCCAGCGACGGAUCAACAUGUCCUACCCGUUUGCCACCAGAUAUAUCAAUCAAUUUCCAAAGGACAAGACCAUUCAAAUCGCAAAAUUUGUCAGCUUGGUCUCUGGAGCGGUGGUAUCUGUUCUCGGUCUCGCGACAAUUCUAGAUCAAGAGAAUUUUCUGAAUUUCGAAGUGACUCCUGGCCGAACCACGAUAUUUUACAUUGGAAUUUUUGGGUCAAUUUGGGCCGUGGCGCGUGGUUUGCUCCCCGAUGACAACAUGGUGUAUGAUACGGCAUACUCAAUUCAAGAGGUGAUACAAUUCACCCACUACGAACCACAACACUGGGAAGGUCGGCUUCAUACCAUCGAUGUCAGAAAUGAAUUCUCUCAACUCUAUCAGAUGAAGCUGAUCAUCUUCAUCGAAGAGGUGUUGAGUAUGAUCUUCACCCCUUUCGUGUUGUGGUUCAGUCUCCCUAAAUGCAGUGAUCGAAUCAUUGAUUUCUUCCGUGAGUUCACAGUCCACGUGGACGGUAUAGGAUACGUCUGUUCCUUCGCAGAAUUUGGAUUCAUGAAAGAUGCCAUCAGACCGCUACCGGCUCAGACCACCCCUAGACCUGGCGCAGGGACAGGCACUGGAGCAGAAGCAGGAAACCCGACGGGUGCCUCGAACUUACGAGAUGAGUAUUUUGCGUCCAAAGACAAUAAGCUCGAACAAAGCUACUGGGGUUUCAUGAAUGACUACGCACGCAAUCCCAAGACAGACAUUCGGUUUCCGUACAAUAGCUCCAGACGACGCUUCAAUUUCAAUAUGCCUCCGCCAGUGCCUGGCUUACCUUCCCCGACAUUCCCGACCUCAGAUUAUGGCAAUACGUUCGUCGGUGGUAUGCACCAGCAUCGUCAGAACAGCGGCAUUGGCUUAUUUGCAUCGCCUCACCGCGGUGCUGUAGGAACACCCCGAUUCACCGCUCAGCCUCACGGUCAGGAUCAAGCUCAGCUCCAAGCUCAGCCUCUAGGCUCACCGCUCCAAUCGCUCUUGCUCGAUCCACAUCACCAGCCUUCAGCUGGCGGGUUUGCAUCGCCGCAGGCUCACCGACCGCGGGGUUCACUUCUUCCCAAACCGUUCCGAGAUCGUGAGAUUCCCGACGAUGUGGCAGAGGAAGAAUCACCUGAACUUCCGCCCCAGCAACGCGCUCAGGUAGACGGGUCUCACCCGCGAGCUGAACCUCUUGUGGGUGAGCUCGGGUCGUGGAAUUACGAAGUCGAAUCCUCAUCCGGCGAGGCAAGUGAAAAUGAAAAGCUCGAGAACGAUGUCCACGCUGUCGCGGCGUUGGGGACUCUGGGACCCCUCGGAUUGAUCAAACAGUUCCAAAAAGCACAGGCCCAAGAAGGUGGAAGGACCAGAGCGGGUGGAGCGGGGAUUUGA